GGCAAAGAGGUUCUGGUGGGGAGAAGGAGAUCCAGACGCGAUCCUGCCCGCUGAAGAAAGCAUGCCGAUGCCAGCCCGAAAGAGCAGGAAUUAUAGACAGAAGCGUGGAGUUUUGUUGGAAAAGAGAAAAGAAAUGGAGAUACAGUACCCAGCAGGCAAGGGACCUGGGAAAAAGAAAUGUAUGGAAAACUGGGGAGGAACCAGGCAGAAGAUCCUGAAGGAGAAAGCCAGCAGUUCGGAGGACCAGCGCAGGCUCUUCAGGAGCAUCCGGUACCAAGUCUCUAAAGGUCCCCGAGUGAUUUGCAGUCACCUUCACCACCUUUGCUGCCAGUGGCUGCAGCCAGAGAGACGCACGAAGGCUCAGAUGCUGGAUUUGGUGAUCCUGGAACAGUUCCUGGCCCUCUUGCCCCCUGAGAUGGAGAGCUGGGUGCGGGAGUGUGGAGCAGAGACCACUUCCCAGGCGGUGGCCGUGGCCGAAGGCUUCCUCCUGAGCCAGGCCGAGGAAGACAAGGAACAGGUUGAGUGGCUGGUCCCAGGGGUAAUGACGGAGCAUCUCGAGGAAGGCAGAAAUCGAGCACAUCCUUCCCAGCAGCAGCUUUUCCGAGGGGUCUCUCAGGAUGACCCAAAUCCGGACACUUCAAGAGGGAGUAUCACAUUGUCAUUGUCAUCUGUAGGAUUGUCUCCUUUUUCGGGUGGACCCCAAAGAGCAGCUGAAACUCCAGAACAAGAUCUUCAGUCCUUGGAGGAUCUUCAGUCCUUGGAGGAUCUUCAGUCCUUGGCUGUGUAUUUCUCCGAGGAAGAGUGGUCUCAGCUGGAUCCCGACCAGAAAGCCCUUCAUGGAGAAGUCAUGCUGGAAAUCUCAAGAAACGUCGCCUUUCUGAAUGUUAAUGGACAAGAUAAUGGAAAUGACAAGGAACCACGCCAAACAAUCAGUCAGAAGGAAGGAAAAGAGAAGAUUCAGUUGGAACAAAACCAUGGGGGGGAAAGCUUCAUUUUUCAGAACACUCCAGUUCAAGACUUUCUUGUUCAACAGGAUAACACAGGAGAAAGGGAGAAAAAUGCUGAAAUAUCAAAGGACAAAUCUGAUUUCAAAAAAGACUCUAGAAUUCACCUUAGAGAACAGCAGCAUCUGUAUCAGGAGGAUGAACCCUCUCGUACUCGGACUUUCACUCUUUCUUCGUGUGAAAGAAUCAAGCUGGGAGAGAAACCAUGCGAAGGUAUGGAACGUGGAAAAACCUUCCGCAAAGAGACUUCUCUAAAACGCCAUAAAAGAAUCAACUUGGAGGAGAAACCAUAUAAAUGCAAGUAUUGUGGAAAGAGCUUAGGUGAGAGGAAAUCCCUCAUUAUACAUGAAAGGAUCCAUACAGGGGAGAGGCCCUAUGAAUGCAAGGACUGUGGGAAAAGCUUCCGUGAGACUAAGUCUCUUGCUAUUCAUAAAAGAAUUCACACAGGGGAAAAGCCAUUCAAGUGCUUGGAGUGUGGAAAGAGUUUCCGCCACAAUGGAUCCCUUACUUCCCACAUCAGGAUCCACUCGGGAGAGAAACCGUAUCAAUGUAUGGAGUGUGGCAAGAACUUCAGAAGCAAGAGCUACAUCAUUUCUCAUAGCAAAGUCCACACAGGGGAGAAGCCGUAUAAAUGCAAAGAGUGUGGAAAAAGCUACAGUCGAAAUAUAUCUCUUAUUAUCCAUGAAAGAAUCCAUACAGGGGAGAAGCCGUAUAAAUGCAAGGACUGUGGUAAGAGCUUCCGUGAGAAUAGGUUGCUUACUGCUCAUGAACGGAUCCAUACAGGGGAGAGGCCGUAUAAAUGCAAGGACUGUGGAAAAAGCUACCGUGAAAAUAAAUCUCUUACUAUUCAUAAAAGAAGCCACACAGGGGAAACGCCAUACAAGUGCCUGGAGUGUGGAAAGAGUUUCCGUGAAAAUAGUUGUCUUACUAUUCAUAAAAGAAUUCAUACAGGAGAAAAACCAUAUGAGUGCUUUGAGUGCAGAAAGAGUUUCCGUCAUAGUGGAUCACUUACUUCCCACAUGAGGAUCCACUUGGGAGAGAAACUGUUUAAAUGUACGGAGUGUGGCAAGAACUUCGGAGGCAAGAGCGCCCUCAUUUCUCAUAGCAAAGUCCACACAGGGGAGAAGCCAUAUAAAUGCAAAGAGUGUGGAAAGAGAUUCCGUGGAAAUGGAUCUCUUGCUAUUCAUAGGCGAACCCACACAGGGGAAAAAUCAUACAUGUGCAUGGAGUGUGGAAAGAGUUUCCGUCAUAGUGGAUCCCUUAAAUUACAUAAAAGACUCCACGCAGGAGAGAAGCCAUUUGAAUGUACUGAAUGCGGAAAGAGCUUCCAGAGGAAAAAUCACCUGACUUCCCAUUCAAGAAUCCACUCAGGAUACAGAAAAAAAAGAGAAUUAAAAUGAGUCCAGUAUGCUGACGUCACAAACAAUCAAGAAUGAACAGAAGAAAGAGACAUUUGGAAAUAUUGUUCAGGGACCAAAACAAGUGAGAAAACUUCACGAAUGUGAGCAAGCAAUCCUAUACUUCUGAAUCUGCCAUUAUCCAGGUUGUUGUGACCAAACAGGAUCAAAAGAGAAUCAAAAAGGAAUUCCUACAGAGGAAUUAUUGAGUCUGUCAUUUGCACCUCUAUAACUGUCUGGUUCGGUUCUGCAACCCAACAAGAAAGACACAGACUUCAGAGGAUAAUUAGAACUGUAGAAAAAAUAAUUGCUACCAACCUGCCUUCCAUUGAGGACGUGUAUACUGCACGAAUCAAGAAGAGGGCCGUGAAAAUAUUUACAGAUCCCUCACAUCCUGGACAUAAACUGUUUCAACUCCUACCCUCAAAACAACGCUAUAGAGCACUGCACACCACAACAACUAGACACUAGAACAGUUUUUUCCUGAAGGCCAUCACUCUGCUAAACAAAUAAUUCCCUCAACACUGUCAAACUAUUUACUAAAUCUGCACUGCUAUUAAUCUUCUCAUAGUUCCCAUCACCCAUCUCUUUCCAUUUAUGACUGUAUGACUAUAACUUGUUGCUGGCAAUCCUUAUGAUUUAUAUUGAUAUAUUGACCAUCAUUUGUGUUGUAAAUGUUGUACCUUGAUGAACGUAUCUUUUCUUUUAUGUAAUAUGCACCAAGACAAAUUCCUUGUGUAUCCAAUCACACUUGGACAAUAAAAAAUUCUAUUCUAUUCUAUUCUAGAAUAGUUGUUUUUUUUUGAUGCCUUGAAUGGAAAUAUUCAAAGAUAAAUCAAACUUAUGACAAUGGUAUAAAACUGAGACUAGGGACAAUCAAUGUUGAUACAGAAAUCAUGGAAUUUUUUUCAAUUAAAGGAGUCGUUUUGUCAAAGAAUCCACACUGGAAAGGAAUAAUAUGAAUAUAGAAGUGUGAAAAGAGCUUCAAAGAAAGAGUGCCUUUUCAUAAAAGGAGCCACGGUGACAGGAGGUCCUUAAAAAUUUGUAGAAAAGAAAAUGCCAUUUCCAAGAAAUGGGACAAGGAAUAUUGCCUUUCUGCAGUGUGACAUAUCGGAACAUAAUCUGAAUUUUAAAAGUUUAUGUAUAUCAUUAAUAUUAAUGUAUUUAGAUUAAAUGGAUGUGAUAUGAUUUUUUUCUGGUGUGUAUUGUAGGGGGCACCAAACCCCCCCCCGUCCAUAAACUGGCACCAGUCCAUAGUAUGCCAGAAACCAGGCCAUGUAAACAAGCAAAAUCUAAUCCACGGGAUCCAGGCAGCACACAAAACCACGCCCUCUUGGUUCCAUGGAAGGAGACCGGUCCCUGGUGCCCAAAAGGUUGGGGGCUGCUGAUGUAUUGUAUCAUUCGUCAGGCAUAUCAGAAAUUGCAGAUGAGGCUUUGGAAGGUUUUGCAGACUCGUACUUCAUUUGUGCACUGGCUUGUGGCAAUCUUCU